AUGCGCGUACGCACAAAAAGCUGGUACUUGUUUACUGGUACUUCUGCGUCUGAGCGUUAUAAAGGGGGAGAUCAACGAAGCAUAAUCAUUGGUGUCUUGAUAUUAGAGCAAGUGGGACGUGUUUUGUGUUACUGGACUAAUAUUUACAAUGAAUUGUUUGCGGUAUCGGCGCAGCGGCUCACAGAAACAAGUACAGAGGUAGCGGAUGGUCAACGUCGGAGCGUCGCAGGCGCAGGUGGAUAUGGUUUGCUACGACCGAACUACGGCAGCAAUUAUGGCGGCUACGGAAGCAACUAUGGCGGUUACGGCAGUAAUUAUGGCGGCUACGGCGGAGGCCCUCCUUACAGUGGUGGUUUCGGAGGCUACAACGGUGGAUACGGUGGCAGUCACGGCGGAUAUCCGUAUCAGCCAUACCCGGGUUAUGGUGGAGGUUACCGACCGAACUACCGACCGGGUUACGACUACCGUCCCGGGUACAAUUACCCCGGCGCUGGAUAUUCUGGUUACAACCGACCGAGUUUCACCCCCUACCGACCGGGUUACGACCGCCAAUACCCAAACAACCCGGGUAAUUACUUCGGCGGAUACAGCGAUAGUUACAAUGACAAUAUCAGACUUCUCGGAAGGAAAGUUGGUGAAACCAAAAAAGAAGAAUCUUAG